GAGUCAGUGUCGCAAUGUCUGGCCGUGGCAAGCAGGGGGGAAAAGCUAGAGCUAAAGCUAAGUCCCGCUCGUCUCGUGCUGGCCUCCAGUUCCCCGUAGGUCGCGUUCACCGCCUUCUCCGUAAGGGAAACUACGCCGAACGGGUGGGUGCUGGAGCCCCGGUUUACCUUGCUGCCGUGUUGGAGUACCUGACAGCUGAAAUUCUGGAGCUGGCCGGGAACGCUGCCCGGGAUAACAAGAAAACUAGAAUAAUCCCUCGCCACCUCCAGUUGGCCGUCCGUAACGACGAGGAGCUCAACAAGCUAUUGGGAGGCGUUACGAUUGCUCAGGGAGGAGUCUUGCCCAAUAUCCAAGCUGUCCUACUUCCCAAGAAGACCGAGAGCCACAAGCCUAAAGGCAAAUGAAGCUGCUGCUGUCCCCGUAACAUCUGUGUAGACACAAAAGGCUCUUUUAAGAGCCACCCACACCAUCAAAAAAAGAGCUGUUGCUUGAGUGUUCCCGACUUA